AUGGCGGGCAUUUCAUCGCAACAUUUAGAUGAUGUGAAUACCAGAAAAUUUAUUUUUGAUUUUAUUGACUCUCACGGAGGCAUCGAAGCGGCCAUUAAAGGGGUCGACAAAUCUUUUCAAGCCAAAGAGAGUAUUGAAACCAAAAGCAAAGAACCAAUUAAUAAGUCCAAAGAAACUGCAAUUAAUUUAAAUAAAACAGAAAACACAACCUCUCCCCCCACCACCACCACCACCACCACUACCAUCAUAUGA